AUGAGCGCUUCUAGGUUCAUCAAGUGCGUCACUGUUGGGGAUGGUGCUGUGGGCAAAACCUGCUUGCUUAUUUCCUACACCAGCAACACUUUCCCCACCGAUUAUGUGCCGACGGUUUUUGACAAUUUCAGUGCAAACGUGGUUGUCAAUGGGAGCAUUGUGAAUCUGGGUUUGUGGGAUACUGCUGGACAAGAGGACUAUAACAGAUUAAGACCUUUAAGUUACCGUGGUGCCGAUGUUUUCAUUCUUGCUUUCUCUCUCAUAAGCAAGGCCAGUUACGAAAAUGUCUCUAAAAAGUGGAUUCCAGAGUUGAAGCAUUAUGCUCCUGGUGUCCCCAUAAUUCUGGUUGGCACAAAGCUUGAUCUUCGGGAUGAUAAGCAGUUCUGCAUCGACCAUCCUGGUGCCGUGCCUAUCACCCAACCUCAGGGAGAAGAGCUUAGGAAGCUGAUUAAUGCACCAGCUUACAUUGAAUGCAGUUCAAAAACACAGGAGAACGUGAAGGCAGUGUUUGAUGCAGCCAUAAGAGUCGUCCUUCAACCACCUAAGCAGAAGAAAAAGAAGGGUAAAGGACAAAGGUCCUGUUCGAUAUUGUGA